GCAAUUCGCAGAGGGUGACUGGUUGGAAUCAAGUGCUUCAGAGCCAUUUUUUCUUCACAUCCUGAUUGUAGUUGCACCGUGGCCAAGUAAACAGAACUAAAGGUUGGAUCUGUAGGAUGAGAAGCCAAAUGACAACCCAGGCCUGAGAAGAACGUUGCUUAAGGCUGACAAGCUAUUGCCAAAGCCAACCUCUGGGAGCUCUCCAAGAAAGGAUCAAAACUUUGCUGUGAGAUUUCAUCCACUGCUGCCAGAAUCUGCAGUUGGAACUUUCCCAGAACAUGUUCAAUUUGAUGUAAUACCUGUUCCUGACGUCCUGCAAUAUGGAGUUUGCACUUUACUUGAAACGAACCCAUCUGGUGACGGACAGUUUCUUAAAUGAACCCUCUUGCUAAUGCAGGCACACAAUACAGAAAUCAGGCUCCUGUGCUGAUUUGUGUCAGGGUAAAAACGAGUACGAGCUUCCCGACAAGAUAAUAAUUCCAAGAGGAGAGCAGACGGGACCGUCGGACUUGUGGGAGCCGGGAAUGAGCGCUGGCAGGAGGGGAUGAUCCCUGCCUCCAGCCCAAGGGCACCUCUCCACGGCUGGGAGCGAGCAGGAGCGUUUCUUUGGGUCGGCUUCCCUGGAGGUGGCGACCUUCCGUUGGCGCCCCCUGGAGAAUUUGCUGAGAUCUAGAGAUUAACAUUUGAUUUGAAAAUGUUCAGCUCUGCAGAUGAGGUUUUUUCAUUGGAAAAUUUAUUUUAUGAAAGACCAGAUCCAAAAAAAAGAGAUCUAGAAAACAAGUCAGACAUUUGGUGGAUCGCACCUGCUCCAGCAAUUGAUGAAAUUCCACCUGCAGAGGAGCUACAGAGGGAACUGGAAACAAGCACAGCCAGCAGUUGCAUGUUGGGAGGGAUAAAGCACCAGAAGUUUAUACAACAACGUAAGAAUAUCACUGAGGAAGUAAAUGACAAAUCACCAGCACCUACUCAUUUUGGCAAAGCCUCCGAAAAAGAAAUGCUCCGAUUAUGUGUGGGAGAAAGAACAAAUAAGCAUGAAAGUCUGCAAAUGACUUCAAUGUUUCUCUCUCCUGAUCAGGCUAAAUAUAAAAUAGGAACAAAGAUUUUUCAGCAGCCUGAUGCAGAUUUCUCACAGACUAAAAUAUUAACUAAUUUUCCAGAAAAUGGUGAUGAUGAGAGUGUUCAUUCAGCUUUUAGAAGAAGCUUAUUUAAAAUGCCUGAUUGUACAUAUAAAAAUACAGAAUUUAAAGAUAGUUCAAUGCAUAUGAAAGCAGUUGAUACUCAUUUUAAUACAAGUGAAAACAUGACAGAAGCAAAAAAAGAGAUAUGGAGAGAAAAUCGUCACCCUCCAGUGACUGCAGACUCAGGUUUUACCCUGCACAGAUCAUUGUCCAGUGCUUCAAAGAUCCUGGAGAUGACAGGAACUGCGGGAAGAAACUUGGAAAUGCUGAGGGCUGUUACAGAAAUACCAACCCAAUUUAGGUGCAUUUUUAAGGAGUUUCCAUACUUCAACUAUGCCCAGUCUAAAGCUUUGGAUGAUCUUCUUUAUACAGAUAGAAAUUUUGUGAUUUGUGCUCCAACUGGCUCUGGAAAAACUGUAAUGUUCGAACUAGCUAUUACCAGAUUACUUAUGGAAGUCCCAAUGCCUUGGUUAAAUAUUAAAGUUGUUUAUAUGGCUCCAAUAAAAGCUCUGUGCAGUCAACGUUUUGAUGAUUGGAAAGAAAAAUUUGGACCCAUAGGACUCAGCUGCAAGGAACUGACAGGAGAUACAGUGGUGGAUGAUUUGUUUGAAAUACAUCAUGCUCAUAUUAUUAUCACUACACCUGAGAAAUGGGAUAGCAUGACUAGAAGGUGGAAAGACAACUCUAUAGUUCAGCUUGUGCGACUGUUUCUCAUAGAUGAGGUGCAUGUUGUAAAGGAUGAAAGCCGUGGCGCAACAUUGGAAGUUGUAGUCAGUCGGAUGAAGACUGUUCAGUCUUCUCUAUGGCGUCUUUCAGAGAAUCGUGAUGUCCCUCCUUUGAGAUUUGUAGCAGUUUCAGCAACAAUUCCAAAUGCUGAAGAUAUUGCAGAGUGGCUUUCAGAUGGGAAGGUGCCUGCUGUAUGUCUGAAAGUAGAUGAGGAUCAACGCCCAGUGAAGCUACGCAAAAUUGUUCUUGGUUUUCCUUGCAGUGACAGUCAGACAGAAUUCAAAUUUGACUUAACUCUGAACUACAAAAUAGCUAGUGUUAUACAAGCAUAUUCUGAUCAAAAACCAGCGCUGGUGUUCUGUGCCACAAGAAAAGGAGUGCAGCAAGCUGCUUCUAUUCUUUCAAAAGAUGCCAAAUUUCUACUGAGUAUAGAGCAGAAGCAAAGGUUACAGAAGUCUGCAAAUUCACUGAAAGAUUCCAAGCUCAGAGAGCUUUUAAUGUAUGGUGUGGCUUAUCAUCAUGCGGGCAUGGAGGUUUCUGACAGAAAAAUAAUUGAAGGAGCUUUUACUGCAGGAGAUGUACCUGUACUUUUUACUACUAGCACUUUAGCUAUGGGAGUCAAUCUGCCUGCACAUCUGGUGGUUAUAAAAUCCACAAUGCACUAUGUUGGAGGAGUGUUUGAAGAGUACAGUGAAACCGAUAUUCUGCAAAUGAUUGGGAGAGCAGGAAGGCCUCAAUUUGACACAACGGCUACAGCAGUAAUUAUGACUCGUUCGAGUACAAGGGAGAAGUAUAUACAGAUGUUAAAUGGUGCAGAUGUAAUAGAGAGCAGCUUGCACAGACAUCUUGUGGAGCAUUUAAAUGCAGAAAUAGCAUUACGUACUGUCACAGAUGUCACUGUAGCUUUGGAAUGGAUACGAUCAACGUUCUUGUACAUUAGAGCUUUAAAAAAUCCAACUCAUUAUGGUUUUUCAUCUGGAUUGGAUAAAAAUGGAAUUGAAGCAAAAUUACAGGAACUCUGUUUGAAGAACUUGAAUGAUUUAUCAUCUUUCAAUUUGAUCAAGAUGGAUAAAGAAAAUAAUUUCAAGCCAACAGAGACCGGAAGAUUAAUGGCAUGGUAUUAUAUUGCAUUUGAUACAGUAAAGCAGUUUUUCAGAAUUAAGGGAACCGAAACUUUAAAGGAAUUGGUUACAAUGAUCUCCAACUGCGCAGAAUUUCUAGAUGUCAAGUUGAGAACAAAUGAGAAGAAAUUACUGAAUACUUUGAAUAAAGACAAGGAAAAAAUAACUAUCAGGUUUCCAAUGGAGGGGAGGAUUAAAACAAGAGAAAUGAAAGUAAACUGUCUGAUUCAGGCUCACCUAGGAUGCAUUCCUGUUCAAGACUUUACUUUGACACAAGAUACUGGCAAAAUAUUUAGAAAUGGCAUAAGAGUUACCAGAUGGUUAUCUGACUUUCUGGCAUCAAGUAAAGACAACUUUACUGCAUUAUUAAACUCUCUGAUUUUAGCUAAGUGUUUCAGGUGCAAACUUUGGGAAAAUUCCCUUCAUGUGUCUAAACAAUUGGAAAAAAUUGGUGUGUCACUGUCAAAUGCUAUGGUAAAUGCUGGACUGACAUCAUUUAAAAAAAUAGAAGACACAAACGCAAGGGAACUUGAAUUGAUUUUGAACAGACAUCCUCCUUUUGGAAACCAGAUAAAAGAAUCUGUUUUAUACCUCCCAAAAUAUGAACUUAACAUUGAACAGCUUCCAAAAUACAGUGAUACAAUGGCUGAAAUUUUAGUAACCACCACAUUAACAAACUUUGAGCAGCUACAGACGAAGAGAACAGCUUCAGACUUUCACUAUGUUACACUGAUUGUAGGAGAUGCAGACAAUCAAGUAAUUUUUAUUCAGAAAAUAAUGGAUUCUGUGCUGCUGAAAAGUGGAAAUUGGAUGAAGAAAAUCGAAGUGAAAAGAGCUCUUAAAUCAGAUGACAUUAGUAUAAGUUUAAUUAGUUCUGAUUAUGUUGGCCUUGAUAUACAGCAAACAUACACAGCCUUUUACUUAACACCAAGAACAGCGGGAAGUAAAGUAGUUAAAAAUAAACUGAAAGCCAAGUCUUCUCUUGAUACAUCUUGUGGCACAGCACAAAGUCUGCCAGCAGCAAAAGUGGAUUCAGGAAGCAGGUCUAGAGAAGAAAAUACCUAUAAGAAAUACAGUAACAGAGAAUGUAACCAUCGCUGUAAAAAUAAGGAUGUGUGUGGACAUGACUGCUGUAAAACUGGAGUACUUCCAAAGUCUGAGAUGAGUGGAGAUUCAAAGUUUAGUUUGUACCUGGCUGAUUUAAGGAGCAGGAACUCUACCUCGUCUGUACCCCCAGUAAAGCGGUUAAAGAUGCAGAUGUUAAAUCAGGCUCAAAGUGUGGAUCUCAAACAAUUUGUUUUUGCACCCAAAUCUUCGAUGCCAGCACCAUCAAGGUGGCAACAAUCUGGCAACAAAGAGUCAUUUUCAUCAUCUUCAGUGCACCAGGUAGAUAGUUUCAAUAACUUAGGGAGAUCUCAGAAACAAUUCCAGUCCUGGGACUAUGGAAAGAGUGAUGCUUUGUGUGUGAAUGCUGAGCUGAGAGAUGACGUUUGGGAUGAUCUUGAUGAUGAAGUAUUAGUAGAUGCUAGCAACUUUUUCAGUGGAGAAUUAGAUGAGUGUGAAACCCUUCACAACUAUUCAACAAGUGAAGCCACAAGUGACAUUUCAGAAGAUUCUUGUCUAUUACAAGGCAGUGCCAGUAUGCAGAACCCAGUUCUCUCUGUGUUUGAUAGCUCAUCAAAAGUGGAAUUAUCUGUACAGAGCGGACAUACAAAUACGUUCACUUCUCAAGAAAGCAAGCAUUCAAAUCUUUCACAAGAGCUGGAAAAAGUACGUCCUUCAAUUUCAAAAAUAAUCCCGGCCUCUUCUAAAUUCACUGGGAAAGAGAAUUUUUUUAUUUUCAUGAAGGAACAGGAAGAAGGAACAGAACCCAGCUGUCUUCCUGAUGAUGAGACCAGUGAUGUCACACCUUUACUCGGACUACUUGAUGACAUAUUUUAAAACAGAAUAUAUUGUAAGUGUUUAAAAAAAAAAAUGUUGAUGCUUAUUUAAUAGAAUUUUGGGUACGUUCUCUUAUUUUGAGAACUGCUUGCAUUUCACUUGUUUUAUAUUUUUAAAUUGAAAAAAUUCAAAUAAAGGUAGCUCACAGUUACUGUAGUACUGUUAUGUUUAGAUCAGCAGUCCCAGUUAAGCAGAUCCCAGUCAUGUGUUAUGACUCAUAAAAAGCAGUUUACCUCUGCCAAACUGUUUCUUAUUUCCAUAGCAGGAACUCUGGUGUUUCUCCACAAAUGCUUGAUAUGAAUUACUUGUGGACCAAGACCCUAGUCAUGCCCCAAAAGAUGUGCAUAAACACAGCUAGUAAGAGCUCUCUAAUUUUAGUCAUUUAACUGGAUAAUCUAAAGGUCAUAAACCUUGUUUACCUAUGCGCCCCAGAAAGAGGCAGACAGUGUCAGAAGAUGAUUCAGGUUAUAAGUGGGCUGAAUUACUCUCCAGUGGAACUCAUCAACUUAUGUUAUGAUGAAAGUGACCACAUACAGUUAGUGUGGAAAAGCUGCUGUGCUAUAAAUUCAUAGUAAAUUAAAUAUUGCUUUUCUUGCAUAACUCAGGUGCUUAGGUUCUUUUACCCCCAUUUUUCUAUUUUGAGUAGUAUUAUUUCUGUACAGCAAAAGAUGGCUGUGCUCCACUAAUUUUGCUGCAUGCAGCUUCCUUUCAGGUGCCUCACUGAUGAUAAAAUAUACUAAUUAAAUUCAGUGUAAGAGUUUCAUUCAACAGCUUCCCUCUAAUUAAAAUACUGACUUAAGUAAAUAAAAAUAUUGUUGAAGUACGAA